ACUAUAAAAUCUUGAGAACCCUAACAUACAAGCCCCUUUUUCUCACAGUGUAGCGGCUUCAGCUUCUUCGUUUCUCUCUUCAGUCUUCUGUCAUCGCCAGAUCGUGAAAGACUUGCAUCAUCAUCAAGCAAUGGCUGUUGCAUUCCACAAUCUCAACUCUGAUUCCGGUCUCAAAAAGCUUGAUGAGUACCUCUUGACCCGCAGUUACAUCUCCGGGUACCAAGCCUCUAAGGAUGAUAUCACUGUAUAUUCAUAUCUAGCAAAAGCCCCAUCAGCUGAAUAUGUGAAUGCAUCUAGGUGGUAUAAGCACAUCGAUGCACUUUUGAGAAUCUCUGGUGUAUCUGGCGAAGGUGCCGGUGUCACUGUAGAGGGAUCUGCACCAAUCACUGAAGAGGCAGUGGCAACUCCUCCUGCUGCUGACACUAAGGCCUCAGCUGCUGAAGAAGACGAUGAUGAUGACGUUGACCUAUUUGGUGAGGAAACUGAAGAGGAAAAGAAGGCUGCUGAAGAACGUGCUGCAGCAGUUAAGGCUUCAGGGAAGAAGAAAGAAUCUGGCAAGUCCUCAGUUCUAUUGGAUGUCAAGCCAUGGGAUGAUGAGACCGACAUGAAGAAGCUUGAAGAAGCUGUUCGAAGUGUUCAGAUGGAAGGAUUGACUUAUGGAGCAUCUAAACUUGUUCCUGUUGGAUAUGGUAUUAAGAAGCUGCAAAUCAUGCUUACCAUUGUGGAUGACUUGGUCUCUGUGGAUGAUCUCGUUGAGAAUUAUUUUACGGUUGAACCUAUCAGUGAGUACGUUCAGAGCUGCGAUAUUGUUGCUUUCAACAAAAUAUGAAUUCUGUUACUCUCUUAAGUUUUGAUUGAAAUGGGUGGCUAUACUGAAGAACAACAAUCAGAAGUUCUAUGUUGCUUCUCUUUAUGUUGUUACUAUGUUUUCUCGUCAAAAGAGGUGUACCUGAACCUGACAAGGCCAUCUGUUUUGCUCCUUGUUUUGAUUAAUAUUUAAAAUUUCUGGAAUACUUCUAAGUUCUCACUUUUAAUUUAAGUAUCAGUUUUGGAAAGACUUA